CCACCCUUUCUCAGAGAUUUUUGGACGGAACUCACAUAAAAUACGUUUGACCAACUGACUGAGACUGCCGGGUUUCAGGCAAACUGAUGAACAGGAAACUUUCAAGAAACGUCACGUUUCAAGAAACAUUUACGAUACUAGCUUCAUGUUUGACAAAUGAAAUGCGAAGCGAUGAAAAAACACGAGGCUGAUAUACUGCAAGAAUGUAAAGUAGAGACCUUUACUGUGUCAGUACUGACAUUAGCGUUACCAUUAAUAUCAAGACAGAAUCUUCAGCUCUGUUUUCUUUGAGGCCAAGAAACAUCGUUUAAAAUGUAUCUUGCUUUGCUACCGUCAUUUUUCCUUAAACCAAGUGAUCAUUUUUCCUCAAAACCAAAGACCUUUAACUCUGUGUAUGAAAAUUGGGGCCAGCUGCCGCUUCCUAUGUCUAUGCUUGCAAUGUUAAUAAAAAGUAUACUCUAAAGGAAGGCUUGAUAAAAAAUGUAUAGGUCAUGAAUAAUUGAUCACUUUUUAACUGUCUCACAAUCCGGCGUCUAUCAGUACAUGCAGAAAGGAAUCUUUAUAAACAGCAUUGCUAACGAGAAAGCUUUUCUUUACAUCAACAUUGCAUAGAUUAAUAAAAAUGAAACAAAGAUAUUCGCUGUUUGGAACUCUUCUGUUUUCUUUUGUUUAUAUCUUCGAAAGUUCAUUUUUCAUUGGUAAAGAAGAAGAGCCAGGAAUCAGUGGCGAAGAUUUAUAUCUUGACAAAUCGUUUUUCGAGUGUGCAAGGCAGUCAAGCUGCUGGGAUGUACCAAAAAAAGCAAAAGAAAAGACAACCAACGAAGUAUGGAAGAAAGUCGUCUACAGAUCAUGCAAAGAAGCCUGGAGGCCAGGUAAUCUUAAAGAAGAAACAUACUUGAUACAAUUUGAAGGCACUUCUGUUCCAGUCGAAGUGCGAUGUGCCCAACAGAAUGGAACCAUGGUGGUUCUUUUUGACCACGACAGUGAAACACGGAUGAACGUGACAGGCUUUGAGCCUCCCGGCGCAUACAGGCACAUAAUAACUUACAAAAAUCCACUCCGUGACGUAAUAAGCGUAGUGGAUAAAUUAGGAGAAUGCAGACAGUGGACCAGGGUCGACUGCUCCGGGAUGAUACUGAUUUCAAAUACUGGUCAACACUUUGGCUACAUUGUUGACAGAAAAGGAGAUCAAAUGAAAUACUUUGGAGGCGGAAACAGCACUGGUACAGGAUGUCAGUGUGGGAUGACCAAAAGUUGCGUCAAGGCACACCUUCCUUGCAACUGCGAUGCUAAUCAGAUGAAGUGGCAAUUCGAUGAGGGUUACGUAACAGAGCAAAACAGAUUGCCAAUCACAGAGAUACGCCUUGGGGACACGGGCAAUAAUGAAUAUGGCAGCCACAUAAUUGGAGCACUUGAGUGUUUUGAGUAGACUGUUUGGGGAAUAUAUGUUGGAAAUAUACAAUCAUACCAGACUGUCAAAAUACUGUAAAACAUUCUAGCUUAUUCUUUCAUAUCAUUCUAGUAUAUUCGUAGUAUUAGUUCAAUUCUAUUUUUCGCAAAAUAAUUAUUUCCGCUUUCUAGAACCUUCUGGAAUUAUACUUUUCUAGAAACUUUUAGAACAUUACAAUCAACAUAUAAAAUAGCAUAAAUAUACUAAAAUGCGUGCUGUACAAUAUGAUGAAUUUAAAUAACGAUCAAUGUAGGUAAAUUGUACCAGGAAAAUUUUUUUUUUUAAAUAAUUAACGACGUUUCGAGCAUAGCCCGUUAUCAAGUCAA